AUGGCAACAGCACAAACGAUGAAGGUUACUCUUCAACGGGAUAGUUUGCAUACGCCAUGGGGUUUUCGAUUACAAGGUGGAGCAGAUUUUCGAACACCAUUCACUGUUAAUAAAAUUAAUGCUGGUAGUCCAGCUGAUGGUAAUCUUCAGCGUGGUGAUAUUAUUCUUGAAAUAAAUCAACAACCAAUCAAUUAUAUGCUUCAUUCGGAUGUACUUGAAUUAAUACAACGAGCUGGUGGUCAAAUAACAUUUCUUAUACAAAGAGGAUCUAAUCAAAAUCCUCAUACAUCAUUGUCACAAAAUCAACGUUCAAUGUCAGCUGUACCAUGGCCAUUUGGAAAUUCAAGCCCAUCUUGGUCCUCAUCGGCAAAUCAACUUAGUCCUAUGUCAUAUUUUCGAAAUCGACCGUUGGAAAGAAUACCUGAACCUAAACCAUUGCUUAGUCAAACAGGUAGUCCAAUAAUGCCUGGUCCAGUUCCAUCGGUAUCAACAAAAACACGAGGUUAUAUGCAACCACCUUCUUUUCAUACAGAACGAGGCAAUCACCAUGAGAAUAUUUCAUAUCCUCCUCUUCGUUUUGUUUAUCCGGGUCCAACAUAUAAUCAUCGUAGUCGAACUAUGUCAACAACAGCAAAUUAUCAAAAUUCUGAUGAUAAAUCAUCAUGGAAAGAACCAUUAAAUAAUGAAUCUGAUAGAUAUAUACCUUCAUAUCAAAAAAAAGUUCAUAUAAAUCCUAAUAUUCAAACACAACAUUAUAGUCCAACAAAUCUUGUUCAUCGUCAAUUUAAUUCACCUAUAUCACUUUAUUCAAAUGAUAAUGUACAAGAAGUUAUGAAUCAUCAUAUUAGUCGUGUUAAUAUUAUUCCAGCAAUGCCUAAACAAUCACGAAACACUUACAAUAUUAUUUUAUUACCAUCAAAUCCUACAUAUACCUCAUCGAGUUUACCUGUUUAUUAA